CCGCGGUGUGCGGUGUCGUUGGUGGAGCAGACUUGGUUGAAUUUAGCAGUUGGGGUGUCGUGGAUAAUCCAGGAUGGCUACUCUGAUCUUUGUUGACAAGGAUAACGAAGAACCAGGCAGCCGUUUGGUAUCUAAGGAUGGGUUGAAGCUGGGGUCUGGUGUCAAGGCCUUAGAUGGGAAGUUGCAGGUUUCAAAGCCACAAGUUGGCAAAGUGUUCAAAGCUCCAGCCCUGCCUAAAGCCAGCAGAAAGGCUUUGGGAACGGUCAACAGAGCUACAGAAAAGCCAGUGAAGACCAAUAGACCCCUCAAACAAAAACAGCCAACUUUGACUGUGAAAAAGAUCACUGAGAAGGUUGCUAAGACACAAGACUCUGUCCCUAUCUCUGAGAAGGUUGCUAAGACGCAGGGCUCUGAUCCUGCUUCUGAUGAUACCUACCCAGAAAUAGAGAAGUUCUUCCCCUUCAAUCCUCUAGAUUUUGAGAGUUUUGACCUGCCUGAGGAGCACCAGAUUGCACAUCUCCCCUUGAAUGGAGUGCCUCUCAUGAUCCUGAAUGAGGAGAGUGGGCUUGAGAAGCUGCUGCACCUGGACCCCCCUUCGCCUCUGAAGACACCCUUUCUACCAUGGGAAUCUAAUCCGCUGCAAUCUCCUUCCAGCAUUCUGUCCACCCUGGAUGUUGAAUUGCCGCCUGUUUGUUACGAUGCAGAUAUUUAAACUUACUCCUUUAUAGUUUAUGUUGUAUUAAUAAAGCAUUUGUGCGUGUAUGUGUA